CUUCAUAACUUAUCUUUUGCAUCAUCUCUCUCUCUCUAGCACUCUCCUGUUCUUCGCACGUUUUCCCUUGAAAUUCUCCAUUGAAUUCUGUCAUAGAAAGACUUGCAUGGUUUGCAUUUGAGAAGAGUGGGAGCACGGGAUAAAAUUGAUGUUUUGAUUGGGAAAAAAAGGUGGAUUCUUGAGGGUCUGUUAAACGUUUUGGGUUGGUGAAAGCAUACUUGGCAAAAUACAAAGGGUGGGCUUGUGAAACAGCAAGUAAUGAUGAGUGGAGUAUGGUUGUUAGUACAUGGUAAGAAGGAUGAUAAUUCUCAGGAUUUUGAUGUUCUUGUUGAAGAUACUGAUAAGUGUCACUUAAUGGGGUUAUAUGAAGAUAUGUUUGAGUGCUCAGUGAAACAGAAUGUGUUUCUACCAAAAUUCUUUGCUUUGUUUGUCAAUAAGCCUAGGACAAAUAGGAGGUUGGAGCUUAAGGAUGAUGUUUAUAUGUUAAAAAUGUGGGAAUGGAACCAGAGUAAGGACACUAUUGAGAUAUGGGUUGAGGAAACUAAGGAGCCAGGGAUUGUAUUCCAGGCUGCUGAAAAGGGGUGGCAGAGAAGGUUGAAGGAAGAGGCUGAAAAAGUGAAGAGGGAAAUUGAAAAGAAUGAGAGGGAGGCUGAAAGAGUGCAAGCUGAGAAGGAGUUGUGGAGCAGCAUCAAUUUACUGUUGUUGAGGUGCUAGUAGUUAGUGCAGAGGACUUGGGGGUGGAGUAUGUGAGAGUGUUUAACACUACUGAAGCUGAUGAGUGUUUCCCAGGAAGCUCUCAACCUCAACCCUCACAGCCUGAACAUAAACCACCACCCUCUCACACUGCAUCACCUACAACUGGUUGGAGAAAGAAAAUGACACCCAAAAAAAAGAAAGCAACACCAAAGAAGGGGGCAAAACAAGCAGUAGCACCACCCUCUCCAAGAAAAACAACACCAACACCACCCUCCCCAAUACAACCAACACCACCCUCCCCAAGACCAACACCACCAUCUCCACCAAGGCAGGAAACACCACCAUGUCCAACUAGGCAGGAACCAACACCACCACCACCACCUCCACCUCCACCAACCAAAACACAUGCAAGCUCAUCUUCUCAACCUAAGAAAAUAAACCAAGAGUGAGGCCUUCCAACUGGAGGGUACCCAAAAGUAAAUCCAGUGUAAUAGGGAGAGGUAAGGGAGUUGAGAGAGUGAGAAGGGAGAUUGUGGACAGAGAUGUGCAGGUGAGUGAGUCAGGGUGUGAUGAUAGUGAGGAUAAUGAUUAUGUAUUUUUUGAUGCUGAUGAAGAUGAUGAGAAUGUGAGUGACCUAGAAUUCAUUGAAGAAGAGGAGGAUAAUGUGUUAGAUGAUGAGCUAGAGUUGAGAGAGAAAAGGUUUGAAAAUUAUUUAGAUGGGAGUCACAAGUUGGAUAAGUUGUAUAAAAAUGGGAAAAUCUGGGCAGAAGUAGAGUUUGGUUCUAUAGUUCUAGAGCCUUGGUUGAUUUUUGAGAACAAGGCUCAAUUUCUUGAAGUGUUUAGAGAUUUCUGCAUUCAAGAAGACUUUGCAGUGACUGUGGACAGAGCUGACAGCUGGAGAUUGGCAGGGUAAAGUCGUAUCCCCUAAUCAAAAAUAAUUCCUAAGUCCUCUAACUAAAGUAGACAGGGAA